AUGAAACCAAAGCCAUUAAAUCUGACAAAAUCCUUGUCUUUUCUCUCUGCUCGUCUUUCCUCUUCACUUUCCUCUCAAUUGCAUCAAAUUCAAUCGGAAAACCGGCUCAUAAACCGCUCGAGCGACGACAAUAAGUUGCAAGAUGCCAUCUUUCACCUCUGCCAACAAAAGCGCUUGAAAGACGCCAUUAAUUUACUCGAAAAGAACAAGCUUCACAACCCAUCUGCAUCUCUAUACAAGACGGUCUUGCAGCUCUGUAUUGAAAAGAGAGCUCUGGAUGAUGGCAAACGCGUCCAUGCCCAAAUGGGAAGCUCUGGUUUCGUGCCCGGGAUUUUCAUCUCGAACAAGGUUCUCGAUUUGUAUUGUAAAUGCCAGAGCAUAUCAGAUGCCCAGAAGAUGUUUGAUGAAAUGCCGGAAAGAGACUUGUGUUCUUGGAACACGUUGAUAUCUGGGUAUGCGAAAGCAGGCCGGGUUUCAGAAGCGAGAAAGCUGUUUGAUGAAAUGCCUAAGAGAGAUAACUUUUCGUGGACGGCUAUGAUUUCAGCAUACGUGAAGCACAAACAGCCAGAAAAUGCAUUGGAGCUCUGUCGGCUGAUGCAGACAAACGAGAGUAACGUGUGCAAUAACAAGUUCACUGUUUCCAGUGUUUUAUCAGCCUCAGCUUCUGUGCACUCUUUGCGUUUGGGAAAGGAGAUUCAUGGACGUAUAGUGAGGACAGGCCUCGAUUCUGAUGCUGUAGUUUGGAGUGCUUUAUUUGAUUUGUACGGAAAAUGUGGGAGCUUGAACGAGGCAAGAUACAUUUUUGACAGAACUUCAGGGAAGGACGUUGUGUCCUGGACAUCAAUAAUCGAUCGGUAUUUUGGAGAUGGAAAGUGGGAAGAAGGGUUCUCUUUAUUUUCUGAAUUUCUAAAUACGGGUAUCAAGCCCAACGAGUUCACAUUUUCUGGUAUUUUAAAUGCGUGCGCCCAACAAACGACCGAGGAAUUAGGCAGGCAGAUCCACGGCCACAUGAUUCGUACAGGUUUUAAUCCCCAUUCGUUUGCGGCUAGUGCACUUGUUCACAUGUAUACAAAAUGUGGUAGUGUAGAAAGAGCACAUAGAGUGUUCGAGUGGCUUCCAAAUCCUGAUUUAGUUUCGUACACAUCUUUGAUUAAUGGGUAUGCCCAAAAUGGUCAGCCCCUUGAAGCUUUGAAGCUGUUUGACAAUUUACUGAAAUCCGGUAAUAAGCCUGACCAUGUGACUUUUGUUGGUGUUUUAUCAGCAUGUACGCACGCAGGUCUAGUUGAUAAGGGUCUUGAAAUUUUCUACUCGAUUAAAGAUAUAUAUGGACUGAGCCAAACUGCAGACCACUAUGCUUGUGUGGUUGAUCUCUUGAGUCGCUUGGGUAGAUUUCAAGAAGCUGAGGAUAUCAUCAGCCAAAUGCCUAUGAAACCCGACAAGUUCUUGUGGGCUUCUUUGCUAGGUGGAUGCCGAAUUCAUGGGAAUUACAGACUUGCCGAGCGUGCGGCUCAAGUUUUGUUCCAAAUUGAGCCGGAAAAUGCGGCUACUUACGUGACUUUAGCAAAUACUUAUGCAAGUGCCGGAAAAUGGGGCGAUGUUGCUAAAGUUAGAAAAUUAAUGGAUGAGAAUCGAGUCGUAAAGAAACCCGGCAUGAGUUGGAUCGGUGUUGAGAAGAAGGUUCAUGUUUUCGUGGUCGGGGACCAAUCCCACCCGAACUCAAAAGAAAUAUUCGAUUAUUUGGGGAAAGUAUCCAAGAGAAUGAAAGAAGAAGGUUAUGUGCCUCACACGAACUAUGUAUUGCAUGACGUGGAGGAAGAGCAAAAGGAGGAAAGUUUAUCGUACCAUAGCGAAAAACUCGCGGUGGCAUUUGGUAUCAUAAGUUCUCGACCGGGUACCUUAAUUAAGGUUUUUAAGAACCUAAGGACUUGUGUAGAUUGCCAUACGGCGAUUAAGUUCAUCUCCAUAAUUGCCGAUAGGAAAAUAAUCGUGAGGGAUUCAAGUCGGUUUCAUUGUUUCGAGUCGGGAAGGUGCUCAUGCCGUGAUUAUUGGUGA